GCAGGGAUGGUGCGUGUGUACCUUCACAAGCUAAUCCGGUAUCUCUGCAUCAGCACCACCACGUCGCCCUGUUGCUGUACCGCCCGUCGCACCGCCGCCGCCGCCGUUGGACUCGCCCAAGCUGGACCAGACGCAACGCAUCACCGAACCAGCGAUCCCACGUCAUAGCUCCACCGGCCACCUUCGCAUCGAGCUCGCCAGGCACCGCCCAUCCACGAUUGCAGCUCUGCCUCUCCUCGCCGGCCGUCCGGUUCCCGUCCCCAGGCCAGAUGCGCCUCGCACCCCGAGCCUCCUGCGUCCAGUUCAUGUCGAUUGAAUGCCUCCCGUGCUGAACCCCUUCCUGCGCGCCUUCUUCCGCAGUGCGCUGCCCAGCCAGUGCUCGCCCGCCCAGCACCACGUCCUCCUCGUCCCCACGACCGACGUGCUGCUCAGCGCGCGCGACAAAGACUCGGGCACCGCCUACGCCGACCUCAGCGGCUCCGAAGAGUUCCUCGCCAGCCAUGUCCUGCGCGUGCCGGGCGGCGUGGGCCCCAACAACCAAGUCAAGGACACCAGCAGCUUUCGCGAAACGCGCGGCAAGGCGAAGCAGUUCACCACCGCGAACGGCCGCACCGUGAUCGUCAAGGAUGCCUUCAUCUACAGCAACAAGGGCUUCAAGACACUCAACCAGGCGCAGCUUCUCGGCGACACCAUAUUCUACCCCGAUGCCUUCGACGCCCAGCCGUGGCUCGUCUACUUCAUCUCGCGCCCCCUGAUCGGCACCUACGAGGCCACGGCCAUCAUACCCGCGACGCUGGCAAUCAGACAAGAUGUCAAGAAAGCGCCAGUUCCCGCUGCAGGGAGCUCGUCGGCGGCCAGCAGCUCGUCCAUGCCGCGCAAGAAGGAGGUCAAGUCCUUUGGCGACCUGCUGAACCACUUCCCCAUGAUCGCGCGCCAGAUGCAGCCGGGCUUGGAGCGGCUGUUCAAAGAGUUUGCGCAAGAGCUGGAGAAGCCGCUACCUCCAACGCCGUCGACACGGUCGCGGAGGUCGUCUCAGAGUUCUCGACGGCGCGGAUCCGUGUCGUCGGUUGAGACCGCCGGGUCGCGCCCCUUGUCAAUGCACAGCAGCGCCUCUCAGGGGCCGAAUGGCUUCAUAUCGACACUCGAGAUUGGCGACGAGGAAGACGCCAUGCGCAAUUCGCUCGAGACGGCUGUGACGGCCGCCAUUGAUCUUUUCCAGAUGGUGGACAAACAGCAGCUAUCGUUGCUGGGCGCGACGACAGACCUUACCGGUCCUAUCGUGGAGCGCAUGAUCGAGCGCUACAUCGCCGAGCAGGUGCACCACACCCUCCUCUUCGCACGGAUAUGCGACAUACGCCGCCUCGAAGACCUGGACCUCGAGCGCCAGACGCGCCAGAUGCAAGAUAUCGACAUCUCGCAGGUUGGCAUUGACAUUGGCAACGGGCGCAAGGGCAAGCAGGAGCUCGCCAUACGCCUCUCCAAAGCUGUCGAUAUGUUCAAGAAGAUGGGCGUCGCCGGGAGUCCGCAGGAGAUGCUGGAGAUUGUUUUGGCUGUAACAAAACACAUCACAAUGCCGGACGCGUCAUUUGUCGCGAAUGAUCCCAAAGCCCAGGCUACACUGAACGGACAGCAACUCUCAGAGAAGCACGAUCAUCUUCUCACCAUCAAUGCAGACACCCUGGUUUCUCUGCUGCUUAUUGUCGUGAUACGCGCCCCUGUGCGACAUCUACAGGCGCGCCUCUCCUACAUGCGCCACUACAUCUUCAUCGACGACGUAGAGACCGGUGAGAUGGGAUACGCGUUAAGCACGUUCGAAGCUGUGUUGUCUUAUCUACAGAACGACUCGGGCGGCCUGCGAAAGGCGAGCCGGCGGAAUCGAAAGCUAUGGCAAGCGACCAAAUCAGGCGAUCUAGCGACAAUGCAAGGCAUUCUCGAGCCAGAUCGGUCGUUCCACGAAGCCAUGGAUGACACUUCGAGCGAUGACGAACUGCCGGAGCGGCACCACCCGGUUCGGUUCGCGAGCUUCUCAGACUUACACUCAGUAGCUGGCUCCUCAACGAAUGGAGACUAUGAACCUCGGAGGAGACGGCGGCGUAGUCCCUCUGGCAGCAGAGAAAGGGACGAGGAUGGGCCAUUGGCACACAUCUUCCCGUUCCAACGUGCUCAGACACCAACGCUACCGGAGCGACCGAAACUGAAGAAGACGGUCUCUUACGAGACACGAAGUACAUCAAGCUGUUCAGCACGGUCAUUCAGAUCUCGCACAACGAUGGACUCUCGGUAUAGCGCUAUUGAAGGCGACACAUCUAUCGAGAAGCUUGUAAUGACACAAGGCUCGGACGGCGAGUCGGUUUUGAUGAUGGCCAUCGAGAGCAAGCAGGACAAGGCGUUGCAGUAUCUAUUGAGUCUUACUGACUACUACACACCGACAUUCGUGGCUGAGGACUGCAACAAUGAGGGGACAACCCUGUUAAGCCUGGCAGUGCAGUUGGCCCACAGCAAAUCGACUGACACUCUUCUGUCAUACAUUUUGGAGACAAGUAGCAGUCCGGAAGCGCUAUCAGCCUACUUUGCAAAACAAGAUUCGAAGGGGAGAUGCAUGGCACACUAUCUCUUCAACCAACCCCGUCUGAUUCAGCGCAUCGGACACCUCAUCCCCUGGCGGCUAAAGGACAAGAACGGGCAAACGCCUGUGUUCGCACUUUGCAGAUCUUACGACCACGAUGAGUACCACACUAUGGUCGACCAGGGCUUACUAGCCGCCACCUAUGCACAAGAUGACGGACAGCCGCUGCAUCUUGAUGAGCAUGUGGACGGCAAAGGCAACAGUCUGCUGCAUAUCAUCACCGACCCCCAGCUCGCAAACAAGCUGCUCUACCGCUGCGAUUCGGAUGCGAAUGCUACCAACGACAAGCACUUCACACCACUGAUGGUCGCUAGCAAGUACGGUCGUACGGAUAUGGUGCGGGUGCUGUUCCAGGACCCAAGGGUUGACUUGUCAGUAAGAGAUGCCCGUGGAUUGACGGCUGUUGAGCUUGCCAAGGACGACGACGUUCGCAAUCGCAUCGACGAUUUGGUACUGCUGUCCAACGAACCUGGUGCUGACGGACGCAUUACGACUGUGGUUCGGUCGUUCUUCGUGGAAGAUGGUACUGUUCGACUAGUGCUCAAAUCUGGGGCACCGAACGCCAACGGCAGCAUUACCGUGACCACAUGUCGCCGGUCAUCACACGACUUCGAGAACCUCGGGAAGUGGCUUGCUCAGGAGAACCCAGCGUCGUGGCUCCCGGUCAUCGCCAACAUGGCCUCGCCGUACCUCAUCCCGUCCAGGCCGUCUCGAUCUGUGUUGCGCGACCUGCAGCUCCGUCUUGACUCUUUCCUCAAGAUCCUCCUCCGACACCCCACAUUCUCGAUGCACGAGAUGGUCUGGGAGUUCUUCCUCGUGCCGGACAUUGACUCGACGAUGCUUGCACAGCGCUCCGCCCGCAAGGCGGAAUUGCGCGUCGAGCGUCUUCGCGAGGAGUUUGUGCCAAUCUUCGACGUACGUGAAGUCGAGCUCUUCGUACAGCACGCCCGCGAAAACGUACGGUCCCUCCACCACGCAUCAAAAUCCGUCCUGCGCCGCACAAACAAGCUACGAAUGUCGGCCACCGACCUCAACGAUGCUGCGAAACUCUCAAACACCGCCGUUCACUCACUCACCUUCCUCCCUGCGGCUCAUCUCCGCGCUUUCGAGCGCUACACCAAGACAGUCGCAGCAAGCGAGGCAAGCCCCAUCGCGGGCUUCUACUACAGCAUGCACGCCAUAAGCUCCACCAUAACCGCCGUCCUGACCUCGCUCACCCGGCCAUCCAAUCUCAUAAACAGCAUGUCCAGCACCCAGAAAGCCAUUGAUCGACACGACCUGUCCGUGCGGCGCUCAGAUCGCUGGCCACUUGGCCUGCUCGACGACGCACGCAGCAGGGUGCAGCGCGACGCGCAGGAAAAGAUGGACAAGAGCAAAGCCGAGUUUGCAGACCUCGGUAGGGAGCUCAGAUACACGCAGCAGGUCGUCGCGAGCGAACUGGCUAGCUGGCAGGAGAGUAGGGUGGAGAUGGGGCGCAAGGCGCUGCGGGACUUGGCGCGGAGGAUGGUUGUCACUGAGCGCGCGCGCCUGGAGAGUAUGAGGCGCGCUGUGAGGGACUUGGGGAUUGGUGAGGGCAGGAGGAAGGGUUUGGGGCCAAAUGGUGCGGCUGUGAAUGGUACGGCUGUUGGGCCUGCAGCUGUCGAGCAACAGACGCAUGACAGUGUCGAGACGAACGGUACCAUCGACAGCCCUGCGCAGGAGCUCCAGGAUGUCAUGCUGCCGCCCGAAGACAGCCUACCGGUCGAAGAUCUGGUCGAGGGGCCCCGCGACGAGCCUGAUGAAGAAACACCGCUGUUGGAUUUGGCGGCCGAGGCGCCCGAGCAGCUCGACGAUGCUAUCGCGCCGACCUCAGGGGAUGAUGUGGUGCGUGAUCUACCGCGGAGUUAGCAUGGCGGCGUAAUACUUUCUGUGGAUAUUGGAUUCGGACAUGGAGCUUUUUUGUUGGAAUAUAUG